AUGAGCCCGCCUCAAAGAUAUUCUUUCGUGAACGCGCGUCCCCAGACGAAGGCGGAAAAGCGACAGACACGGACUGCCAUCCGAUCGCACAUUGGAAAAUGGACCCAGGAGAAGCAGCAAAAAAUCGAGAACAGUACGAGCUCGGGUGGUGACAAGAACUCACCCCCGGAAUCAUCGCGCGCUGUGUCGCCUCCGCCAGCACCGACAGAUCAGACACGACUGCGCCCUCCCGAGCGACUGGGGAGCGUGUGGUCCGAUGGGCCGGACAGCACAAGCAGCGACAAUCCUUCCGAUCGCGAAAGCACGGAAGAUGAGGUUCGAGAUUUUUCAGAACUGACCGUCACGGCCCCGCCGCAUUUGCGACGAGCAUUCUCUGCAGGCUCGAUCACCCAUUCGAACUCUGCCAUCCAGGUUCUAGGGUCAGGUACCCUGGAUCCAUUCCGUACCUAUCCUUCAGAGUUCCCCUCAACAUUAGUAUCACAGUGCCAUGACUAUUGUAAGCGGUCUCGUCCAAACAGCCCCCGCCAUCCACUUCACUGCGAGACCCCCAAGCAAGAGCUGACAGGCGCCUAUAACACAAUAGCACUGAAAGUACUAUGGCCUGGGUUGACACCCCGGCCUGCGGGUGGGACGGAUCCUGCAGCGAGCAAAGGCUGGUUUCCUAUGCUGCUCAACGAUACCGUCGCUCUGCACUCGCUGUUGUUUGGAGCCCUGAGCCACAAGCGGCUCAAUCUGCUGAAAGGGGCCGGGGACCAUGUCGGCCUGGACCUGACCAGUCUGGAGCUGGACAUGCGACGCUGUGAGGCAGAAUCCAUUGCACUAAUCAACAAAGCUCUUCGCAAAGACAACUUCAUUACAGAUGCUAUGAUCGUGUCAGUACUCUGCAUGGCAGCAAAUGCAUGGGACUUGACCCUUGACCGAUUCUUGAACGAGCCUGCCCCUCCACCAAUAUUUGAUCCCAUGUUGAAGAGUCUGCAGUGGUUGGACGUAUAUGGACUUCUCAGCGAUCAUCCAAUCCAUGCCGCCGGUCUCAUGCAGCUGGUCAAGCUGAGGGGCGGCCUGCACGAGAUCCGAACGCCGGGUCUUGCUGCAACAGUAUUUUUUUUUGGUGUUCUCAACGCAAGCAAACAUCUCACCCCGCCUCUGUUCCCUUUUGUACCUCUUGUCGAGGACGCCGAGCAGAAUCAGACACUGUGGAGUCUGUUGGGCACAUCCCCGACUGAACUUCGAGACGAGUGUGUAUUCGGCGGCCUGUUCGAUCUGGGACUGACGAACGAGAUGGCCAUGGUCAUUGUUGCAAUGCAGCGAUACGGACAGAGUGUCCAGUUGUUCGUGGAUGGGGCUCUUGCAGAUCUUGAUCUCGCCCGGUUUUGCGACAGAAGAAACCUUAUCCAACACACCUUGCUAUCGCUACCCCCACAAACAGACUUACCGGCCUCGGAUGCUCCACGACCCAUCUAUGAGCCAGCUCGACUCGCCAUGUUAACAUACUCUCUGACUGUCAUCUUUCCGCUGCCUCCACAAGCAGCGCCCAUAGCUCUCCUAGUUGAACGGCUCAGAUCUGCUCUGCGCGAGACCAACAUGCGCGCCAGCUGGUCCUCUUCGCACCAGGUUCGGCGCCUCCUCGUGUGGAUCCUUUUUAUAGGCGCCAUCGCCGCAAGAGACAUGCCAGACGACCGGUCAUGGUUCGUUGCCUUGCUAAGAAGGCUGACGGUGAAAGAGAAUCGGCUCAAAAAGUACGAGCAUCUGAAGCGAGAAGUGCUGAAUAGUAUCUUAUGGCUUGACCGGUCUUGUGACGCUGCUGGUAGGAUACUGUGGACAGAGAUCUUGGGUCCCGGGGAGUAA